UUUAAAUUCUAUAAUCUUUUCUUUUUCUUUUUGAGUCUUACUUUAUCCUUUCAUAUUUGCUGUCACACCUUGAAAAGGUCUAUUAUUUUACUCGCUCAUCUCCUCUUUUUAAGAAUCUUGUUUUGAAUCUUCAUGAAAGCUUUGCUCGUUAAAAAAUCAACAAACUCGUUGACUCUGCAAAACCCUCAUGUGCUAAGUUUCAAGUUUAUGUUCUUUUGAGCUCAAUGGCGGAUAGAUAUGAGAACCAACCUCCUGAGAAGCUUCAGGGGAAGUAUCAAGCAAUGGUUGUUUGCUGUAUUCUUGGAAUUGGAUCUCUCGUUUCUUGGAACAGUAUGCUCACUAUAGCAGAUUACUACUACAAAGUUUUUCCGGAUUAUCAUCCUUCAAGGGUACUCACACUUGUAUACCAACCGUUUGCGCUUGGAACAAUCUUGAUUCUCGCAUACCACGAAUCGAAAAUCAAUACUCGAAAACGUAACCUCAUUGGUUACAUUCUAUUCACAAUAUCCACAUUCUUGCUCAUAGUUUUGGAUUUGGCAACAAAAGGACGUGGUGGAAUCGGUCCUUAUAUCGGUUUAUGCGCUGUUGUUGCUUCUUUUGGCCUCGCGGAUGCUACAGUUCAAGGAGGAAUGAUCGGUGAUUUAUCAUUGAUGUGCCCUGAACUAGUUCAGUCAUUCAUGGGAGGUUUGGCUGUAUCUGGUGCGCUAACAUCAGCACUUCGGCUAAUAACUAAAGCAGCCUUUGAGAAAACAAACGACGGUCCACGAAAAGGAGCAAUGAUGUUCUUAGCUAUCUCCACAUGCAUAGAGUUACUCUGUGUGUUUCUAUAUGCUUAUGUGUUCCCGAAACUCCCGAUUGUUAAGUAUUACCGAAGAAAAGCCGCUUCUGAAGGAUCCAAAACUGUUUCUGCUGAUCUUGCUGCUGCUGGUAUCCAAAAUCAAUCAGACUUGACUGAUGAUGAUUCCAAGAAUCAAAGGCUAAGCAACAAAGAGCUAUUGAUUCAAAACAUAGACUAUGCAGUGAAUUUAUUCCUCAUCUACGUUUGCACGUUAUCCAUUUUCCCGGGGUUUUUAUAUGAAAACACAGGACAACACGGGCUAGGCGAUUGGUACGCACUUGUCUUAGUAGCGAUGUACAAUUGUUGGGACUUGGUCGGGAGGUACACACCACUGGUGAAAUGGCUCAAGAUUGAGAAUAGAAAGUUGAUCACAAUCGCGGUAUUGUCACGUUAUCUUCUCAUUCCGGCGUUCUACUUCACUGCGAAAUAUGGUGAUCAGGGAUGGAUGAUUAUGCUCAUUUCUGUUUUGGGGUUGACUAAUGGACAUCUCACUGUUUGCAUUAUGACUAUAGCUCCUAAAGGAUACAAGGGUCCGGAGCAGAAUGCGUUAGGGAACUUACUGGUGAUAUUUCUGUUAGGAGGGAUAUUUGCAGGAGUUGCUUUGGAUUGGUUAUGGCUUAUUGGUAAGAAGAAUGCCUUUUGAGUUUUAAUCACUCCAAAACAGUGGUUCACUUUAAGUUAAUUUGGAGGUUAAGUUGCUUUCAUAUUCUUUGCUUGUAACCUGUAAAAACAGAGGAUGUUUAAUUACAUUUUCUAUGUAUAUGGGGUGUUAAAGAAUGAUUAUUCCUAUAACUGACACAUGUCAUUAAGCCACAAGUUAAGGUGACAAUCUUCAAGUCGAUUGUAAGAAUAGGAUUGAGAGUGACCUCUUUCCCCGAUAUUUUUCGUAUUUGUUCUUUUCGACAACUUCUUUCGCAUAUUAGCAAACUUGGAUGAGUUUGUGUAUAUUCUUUUUAUCGCUUUGUUUGCUCUAAUGCUCUAGCUAAUUGGCUAAUUGCCUCAGGG